CCCAAUUCCCUCUCUGUCUCUGUUGCCAUUCCGACGCACAGAGGAGCAGCAUCCUGGCGGAGCUGGACAGGGUGAGAUUCUCAGGUCCCUCUGCGGAGAGAGGACUUCACCCAAGGGUUCCCGUCCUCGCCUCCCCGGGGAGAGCCCCCGGCGCAGAGAUGCGCCCCUGGAGCGGAGCUCGCUGUCGGUAAAGUCGCACAAAGAGAAGGAGACUGAAACGGCGCAACAUUCGCCGCCCCGGAGGAGUCGUUACGGCACCAGUCUGCAUGGUUUUGCGUUGAGGAUUGUGCGCUUAAACGGGGCUGUAAGACCCCCCCCCCCCAAUCAUCGCCGAAGACAUGAGAAGAAAAAGCUCUGCUGCGGCGCUCUGCGUUUGAGUCUCCAGUCCGUCCGAGGGGGGUCCAGUCUGCACACCUUUCUUCAUGUUGCAAGCGCCUGGUUUAUGACAAUGGAUUACUUGCUUUGGGUGUGCAGCCUUGUUGUCCCCGUGGUCCUGGCUGUAGAAGAAACCCUCAUGGACAGUCGGUGGGCUACCACAGAGCUGGCUUGGACCACGUUUCCAGAGAGCGGGUGGGAAGAAGUGAGCGGCUAUGAUGACUCCAUGAGCCCGAUCAGAACCUAUCAGGUGUGUAACGUCCGGCAGCCCAACCAGAACAACUGGCUGAGGACAGAUUUCAUCCCCCGCAGAGGAGUGCUGCGAGUCUACGUGGAGCUCAAGUUCUCCGUCCGCGACUGCGCGAGCAUCCCCAACAUCCCGGGCUCCUGCAAGGAGACCUUCAACCUGUUUUACUACGAGUCCGAGGGGGACAUGGCUACAGACACCAGCCCUCUGUGGAGGGAGAACCCUUACGUGAAGGUGGAUACUAUUGCUCCCGAUGAGAGCUUCUCUCUGCUGGAGGCCGGCAGGAUCAACACCAAAGUGCGCAGCUUCGGCCCGCUCUCCAAGGCGGGAUUCUACCUGGCCUUCCAGGAUCUGGGAGCCUGCAUGUCACUCAUCUCAGUCAGGGUUUUCUUCAAGAAGUGCUCCACCACCAUUGCCAAUUUUGCAGUCUUCCCCGAGACCGCCACGGGUGCAGAAGCGACUUCCUUAGUGAUCGCACCCGGGGCCUGCGUGGCCAACGCCAUGGAGGUUUCCGUCCCACUGAAACUCUACUGCAACGGGGACGGCGAGUGGAUGGUUCCCGUGGGCUCGUGCACCUGUGUCGCUGGCUAUGAACCCUCUGCAGACAGCACGCAGUGCCAGGCUUGCAUUUCUGGGACCUUCAAAUCCAAAUUUGGUGAGGGAACAUGCGCUCCCUGCCCGUUCAACAGUCGCACCAGUUCACAAGGAGCCAAUAUUUGUCCCUGCCAGAAUGGCUUCUACCGCGCUGACAGCGACCCACCGGACUCCCCCUGCACCACCAUCCCCUCGGCGCCUCGCAACGUCAUAUCCAGCGUGAACGAGACCUCUCUGUCCUUGGAGUGGGAGGAACCCGAGGACACGGGCGGACGGGGGGACCUCGUCUACAACGUGGUGUGCAAGAAGUGCCUGCGCGACCGGAGCCCGUGCACGCGCUGCGACGACAACGUGGACAUCGCUCCGCGCAGGCUGGGCAUGAGGCAGAGGAAGGUGGUGGUGAGGAACCUGCAGGCUCACACCCGCUACAGCUUCGAGGUCCAGGCCGUCAACGGGGUGUCUGGGAAGAACCCUUCCUCGCCUAACUACUCCACGGUCAACAUCACCACCAACCAGGCCGCGCCUUCAGCUGUGCCAACAGUCCAUCUGAUGCGCUCCACCGCAGACACCCUCAGCCUGUCAUGGCUGCCCCCUGAGAAACCCAACGGGGUCAUCCUCGACUAUGAGAUCAAAUACCAGGAGAGGGACCAAGGGAUGGCUCACACCGUCACGUCCCAGCACAGCUCGGCCAAGGUGGAGGGUCUGAGGCCAGCCACGCCCUACGUGGUGCAGGUCAGAGCGCGGACCGUCGCUGGAUAUGGACGCUACAGCAAUCCCAUGGACUUCAGCACCAACCUGCACAUUGACCCCCAGAAGUCGGUACAGGACCAGCUGCCUCUCAUCAUCGGCUCGGCCUCCGCUGGUCUGGUGGUCGUUGUUGCCUUAGUGGUUAUCGCUGUUGUCUGCCUUAAGAAGCAGCGCAGCGGGUCAGAGCUGGAGUACACAGAGAAACUGCAGCAAUACAUUUCCCCAGGGGUCAAGGUGUACAUUGACCCCUUCACCUAUGAGGACCCCAACGAUGCGGUUCAUGAGUUCGCCAAAGAGAUAGACAUCUCCUGUGUGAAAAUCGAAGAAGUCAUUGGUGCAGGUGAAUUUGGCGAAGUGUGCCGCGGACGCCUGAAGCAGGCAGGCCGCCGGGAGAUGGUGGUGGCAAUCAAGACGCUCAAGGCGGGCUACACUGAGCGCCAGAGGCGAGACUUCCUCGCUGAGGCCUCCAUCAUGGGUCAGUUCGACCACCCAAAUGUAAUUCGGCUGGAGGGCGUCCUGACACGAAGCUGCCCCGUCCUCAUCAUCACUGAAUUUAUGGAAAACGGAGCGCUGGAUUCCUUCCUGAGGCUCAACGACGGGCGCUUCACCAUGACACAGCUGGUUGGGAUGCUACGUGGCAUCGCUGCAGGGAUGAAGUACCUCUCAGACAUGAACUAUGUACACAGAGACCUCGCUGCGCGCAACAUCCUGGUCAACAGCAACUUGGUCUGCAAGGUGUCCGACUUUGGCCUCUCGCGCUUCCUGGAUGACACCUCUGCUGACCCAACCUACACAAGCUCCCUGGGAGGAAAGAUCCCCAUCCGGUGGACGGCACCAGAAGCCAUCGCCUUCAGGAAGUUCACCUCCGCCAGUGACGUGUGGAGUUACGGCAUCGUCAUGUGGGAGGUGGUGUCCUACGGAGAGAGGCCUUACUGGGAUAUGAGCAACCAGGACGUGAUGACUGCGGUAGAGCAGGACUACCGGCUGCCUCCGCCCAUGGACUGCCCCAUGGUGCUGCACCAGCUGAUGCUGGAGUGCUGGAUGAAGGAAAGAAACCUGAGGCCCAAGUUCUCACGCAUUGUCAGCACCCUGGAUAAGCUGCUGCGCAACGCCGCGAGCCUCAAGGUGGUGACCAGUAGCUACUCAGGGGAUUUGCUGCGGCUGGGAGGAACGCUGCCGGGACACAACAGGAAGAGCCCGGACGACAGUCAGGAAAUCAUCCGGCAACAGAUGAGCCAGACUCUUCCCAUCAGAGUGUGAACUGCUGCAAAAAGCAUACAGGAGGGGGAAAAAAAACUACCUAUUAACUCUGACAAGGAGAAUCUGAUGUACAAAGUAAAAAAAACAAAACAAAAAUAAAACAAGAGGGAAUUAAAAGAUGAAGGCAAUGAAAGUGGACCGGUUUGGAGACUUCCUACCCACUGGAGACUUAAUGUCUGUAUAAAGAGAACUUCCCAUCGCAGUGUGUGUGUUCAUUACUUGACACUUGUGGAUUUGUGACUGUUGACAUGAAGCCAAACUUCUUAUUGGACCCUCUCAGGUUGUGUUUGCAUGCCUGCAUGACUUUUUUUUUUUUUCUGCUGGGUGGGAAUCAGUAUUUCCUUCUCCUCACCGUCGCACCAAGGAAGGCGAGCUUGCAGAGGCGAUGCAACUCCCCGUCUAGGUGACGCAACAGUGCCAAGAUGAAGCAAACCCAACCUUCAGUACAGCUCACCCUCUGUAUACCCUCAAUCUGCUCAAUCUUUUUUUUGUUUGUUUGUUUAAUUCCGACCAAAAAUAUUGCUUAAGAUGUUUUAGCAAUGAGAAAUAAGAAACUUUUCAUCCUCUUCCUCUUAAAUACUGUCUUCCACUUAAACGUCCUGGGAGAUCCAUGUUUUGCGAACCUGUACAAAGCAUCCGAGUCUUCACCCCGUCUCUCCCUGUAGGAGUGGAGACGUAGCUGACACUGUGCGGGACACGUCAUGUGCAUGCCAAAGUGGAAACUCCGUCACGAGAAAGAUAACUACCAAGUUCCACGUUUGCCGUUUGCUUCGGUGGCAUCUUGCUGUAUUGGGCUUUAACGUCCAUGUUUUCUUAACGUUCUUUGAAUCAUAAACGCAUCUUUUUGAAUCCUAAGUUAUUACCUGAUACUGCAAAUUUUAUGUCUUUUUUUUUUUUUUUUUUUACUUGGGAUUAACUUUUUUAUUAUAAUGCUUGAUUUUUACCCUCCCUCCUCCCACAGAGUAAGAAACCAGACAGUCGUGAAUGAGCGAAUCAAGGAGAUGUUGGAUUCAGACAGGUUAAUUAUCUUAAAAUCACUGAGGAGACUGUGUCAAGAUUGCUGUAAGGCCUCUUCCUGCCUCGAGCAGAGCUGUAGAUUUUACUGUGAAAGUCACAAAUUAGUGGGAAAAUUAAAAGAGAGACCAAAUCAGCCAUUGUUCCGUUUCUUCCUAAUCAGUGUUUUCCUCAGAACGUCAGAGCAGUUUCUAUUUAUACUGCCUGUAUAUAACACCAUGUUUGUAUUAGACCAAACCACUGAGCAGUUACAGCUAUCUGACCCGACUACGGCCCUAUCUCUGGCCCUCAUUUAUCUGCUUGUUAGUUUAUUGUCAUGAAGCAAACAAAUGAGGAAAUUUGAAGGUCAUUACUAUGGAUGUCCCGAAAUCGAUCCAAGUCACUUCAGAAAUGGCCUUAGCCGAUCUCGAAACCUCACUCUGUUCCUUCUUAAAUUGCCAUGCAUAUUCAGUAAAAGAGCAGACCGUUUGGUCAGUAUAGAGCGGCCUACAAACUUAUUGGGAUUUUCUCACUUAACUCACCCACCAAUGAUGUUCCGGAGGCUGUAGUCCCUCUUAUCAGUUUUUCUGAUAAGAGGGGAUGUACGGGGAUGUACGAGAUGUAAAUUAUUCUAAUCGGUCUCUACAGGUCAACCUCAAUAUUCUGUUCCAAUACUAAACUAGAAUCAGAAAACUCUGAUGUCCUAACAGUGCAUUGCCUGAAACUAGGUCUAGGCCAGCUACUGGUCUUAAAGUGAAUCGAGGUUUUAAAGGUUCCGAUUUGAAAAGCACUAAAGUUUUCUGGCAUGUUUUUCUCAUGGAUUAAAGCCCUGCAAUACCAGAGAAACCAAAGUCCAACUGUUAUGAGCCCUGCUGGUAAGCUGGCUGAAAAGACGCUACUGCCCUUUCCCUUGCCUACAAGAGAUGCAAUAUUCAAGGCAUUUAAAAAUACAUGAGGUUACAAAAAAUAUUAAUAUCUAUAUAUUUCUGCAUUGAAAACUAAAUAAAUUAGCUGACUAAUAAGAAAACAUGUUAACACUCUCACACUAUCUUAAAACUACAGUUAGAAAUCCACGAGUGGCAUGCCUUUUAAAAGCCGGUUGCAAGAUAGCUACCUGAUCGGAUAGCCUAGUUAAAUAGGCUAGUUAAUCCCAGUUUUACUGUAUAAGGGCAAAUAGGUGUAACAGUCUGCAGAAUAAGCACUUCAAAAGUACUACUAAAUUUAGUCCACAUAUCAAAAUAACAAAUACUAAAUGUUACAGAUAACGUUAAUGUGUCUGAUAAGUGUUACAUUUAUUUUGGCAGAGGUAGCAGUUUUAAAUAAUGUACCUUGCCAUGUGGUUUUAAUUCAUACAGUGAAACAGUGUUAUUUACACUGAAGAUUAUCACACUGUGAGAAUCUCACAUCGAGUCAUGCCUUGUGAAAACCUGCAUAGCAUUGUUUCUUUCUAUGAUUAGUUCUGACUCAACACAAAUAGGUACUUUCUGCUAAAGCCGUUUUCUAGUGGUAGCCUAACAAUAGCAUGUUUACUCAAAUUAUUUUCUUUUUUAUAAUUUGGCUUGAACACAUCUCUUUGCAUUUCUAGUUAAAAGUGGGUGGAGAAAGCGUAUGGUAGAAGUUGAUCUACUGCUGUGAACACCUAUUCUGGGAACAACUGGGCAUAUCUGAGUCAGAUGAUCUAAGAAAAAUAGGACACAGACAGACCAGGAGCUGCAGCAGCCAAUACAGUCUCUUUCACUGUGAACUUAAUUGGUUUGGAUUAAAAAAGGCUUAGCUUGUCAGAAAAAAUGUACAUUUGUGACAUCGUCAAAAUAUUAAAUUAAAUAAAAAGGCCUGAUUGGAAGCCCAAACCAAUAUCUGGGAUUGCAUUGGGACAUCCUUAGUCAUUCUAUACCUGAAGCUGUACAGAAUCUUGCCGUGAAAGAAGAAAAUGUGUCUGUUAGGGCAGACUUUUUCUGUGCAGUUAAAGGUGUACUAGAUUGUAAAAAAAAAUGUGAGAAAACUAGAACAAAAAUAAGCAUUUCUCUUUCAGUAUUUUUACGAUAAUCAUAUGCAAAUAAAUUAUUAAACACA